AUGAUGAAUAAAGAUCAAGUCGCUCUGAUUGGUCAGGUGUUUGAAUCAUAUGUUUCAGAAUUCCAUAAGAAUGAAGUCUUACAGAUCCUGAAAGAAAAAGAUGAAGAUACUCACUAUCCUGUAGUGGUUGAUGCUAUGACUCUUUUUGAGACGAACAUGGAAAUUGGGGAAUAUUUCAAUGCAUUCCCCACUGAGGUACUCCCUAUUUUUGAUAGUGCCUUAAAAAGGGCAGCCCUGACAAUUCUGCAAUCUCUUUCACAACCUGGGGAAUUUUGUAUGAAGCAGAAUCUUCAUGCCAGGAUAUCAGGUCUGCCUGUCUGUCCUGAAUUGAUGAGGGAGCAUAUUCCUAAGACCAAAGAUGUGGGCCACUUUUUAUCUGUCACUGGGACAGUGAUUCGUACCAGUCUGGUCAAGGUCCUGGAGUAUGAACGGGAUUACAUGUGUAAUAAGUGCAAACAUGUUUUUGUGGUUAAAGCUGACUUUGAGCAGCAUUAUACAUUCUGCCGUCCAUCGUCAUGCCCCAACAAAGAAGGCUGCAAUUCCUCUAAAUUCACUUGUCUCUCAGGUUCAUCAUCCUCUCCUACACGUUGUAGAGAUUAUCAAGAAAUAAAAAUUCAGGAACAGGUUCAAAGGCUGUCUGUAGGAAGUAUUCCACGAUCUAUGAAAGUUGUCCUGGAAGAUGACUUAGUAGACAGUUGUAAAUCUGGUGAUGACCUCACCAUUUAUGGGGUAGUGAUGCAGCGGUGGAACCCCUUUCAUCAAGAUGUUCGGUGUGACGCGGAGAUAGUCUUGAAAGCCAAUUAUGUUGAAGUGAAUAAUGAACAGUCCACAGGCAACAUCAUUGAUGAGGAUGUUCGCAAGGAAUUUGAGAGUUUUUGGGAACAUUUCAAGAGCGACCCUUUGGCAGGAAGGAAUGAAAUCCUGGCCAGCUUGUGUCCUCAGGUUUUUGGGAUGUAUCUAGUAAAGCUUGCAGUCGCCAUGGUGCUUGCUGGCGGUGUCCAGAGGACAGAUGCCACUGGAACGAGAGUCAGAGGUGAAUCUCAUCUCUUAUUAGUUGGAGACCCUGGUACAGGGAAAUCUCAGUUUCUCAAAUACGCAGCAAAGAUUACUCCAAGAUCUGUGCUCACCACAGGAAUUGGAUCGACCAGUGCAGGCUUGACAGUGACUGCUGUGAAGGAUUCCGGGGAAUGGAAUUUGGAGGCAGGAGCGUUAGUACUUGCAGAUGGAGGUCUUUGCUGUAUCGAUGAGUUUAAUAGCCUCAAGAAGCAUGAUAGAACGAGUAUCCAUGAAGCAAUGGAGCAACAGACCAUCAGUGUUGCUAAGGCUGGCCUUGUAUGCAAACUGAACACACGAACCACCAUCCUGGCAGCCACCAACCCCAAAGGUCAAUAUGACCCCUGUGAGUCAGUCUCAGUGAAUGUGGCUCUAGGCAACCCGCUCUUGAGCAGAUUUGACUUGAUCUUGGUUUUACUUGACACCAAAAAUGAAGACUGGGAUCGUAUAAUUUCUUCUUUUAUCUUAGAAAAUAAAGGUUGCCCAAGCAAGUCCAAGAAGCUCUGGAGCAUGGAAAAGAUGAAAACCUACUUCUGCCUCAUUAGGAACCUACAACCCAAACUGUCUGAUGUGAGCAACCAGGUUCUUCUCCGUUACUAUCAAAUGCAGCGUCAGAGUGACUGUAGAAAUGCAGCCCGGACCACUAUCCGCCUCCUGGAAAGUUUAAUACGCUUAGCAGAAGCUCAUGCCCGUCUGAUGUUCAGAGAUACAGUGACUCUGGUAGAUGCUAUUACAGUGGUAUCAGUGAUGGAAUCUUCAAUGCAGGGAGGUGCCCUUCUGGGAGGUGUGAAUGCACUCCAUACAUCCUUCCCUGAAAACCCCUUGGAGCAGUACCAAAUGCAGUGUGAAAUGAUUCUGGAAAAGCUGGAGCUGCAGAAUCUGUUGAGUGAGGAACUAAGAAGACUUGAGAGACUAAAGAAUCAAAAUUCAGUCUUGUCACAGCCUGGAGAGAUAGGAGUAGAAACUACUUGUGGAUCUUUGGGAAGUGAUUGGAUGGAAAAACCAGGACACAUACCCCAACCUAACCCUUCUGAACAACAAGAAGCCAACUGUAAUGGACAGACCUCCUCUGUUAGAGAAAACACCAAGAGUGAGGCACACUUCGGAUCCCCAUCAAGUCAGGGGACAAGUGAAAAGAGGACAGAAACCCCAGGUAAUUCUAACCAGAACAGAGAUACCAGCUUGAACUGGUUUGACUCCAUGACAAGUGAGCCCAUAGAUUCCGAAGAUGACUUGACUAUGUCUCCUAUUCCCAAGGUGACCAAGAACAGCAUGGCCUUGACAACACCCAAUAAAAAGUCUCACAAUAAAGGAAAUAGAGGAUCAGACCAAAAAAGCAAAGAACAAACUGGCUGUCAUCCAGUAGUAGCCAAUAAUGCAGCUGUUCCAUCAAAGCUUGAGAGACCUUUUCAUUUUGCUAAAAAGAAACCCAUCCAAUCAGAAACAGUUACUGAGAAAACAACAUCUCCAAAAGGGCCUGACUCAGUUAUUACUCAGCAUGUCCCUAAGAGGAGGCAGAAAUCCCAGGAGUUCUCUAAAAAUGCACCAACCUCCCAGGUUAUUUUGCCCCUUCCUCAUGCUGCAGGAGCUGAGGAAAUGUUAAACUCAAACUCCAGUUUAGCUGUCCCUCAUCCUCCUCACCGUACCUCCUUGCAGAGUAGUCCUCCAGAGGAAAGUCUGGCGUCUGCCAUGAGAAAGAGACACAAAUCUGAGGAGGAGGGAGAAAGCAGUGACCCUCACCAUGAGAGUGAUGACAUUCCAGGGCCCCCAUUGACUAAGCUGGCCAGGUUUACUUUCAAACAUAAAUCAAAGUUGACCCACACUUCUGGAAACAACCACCAUGAUCCUCCUCCUCCUGCCACAUGUAAAACUUCGGUGACGCUUCCUAGGAUUGCCAGCCACAGAACAAAUGAAGGACUACCAAAGGAAGAAGGAAGGUGCUCCAAGAAGGGUUCAGAAAAGCCAGGAUCUAGUUCUGGGAGCAGAAGGUCAAUGGAGCCAAUGCCUAAUGAGACUAGGGAGGUGGCAGAGCAGCCACAAAAGAAAGAAAAGGCAAAAGAAUCGAGCCCAGUCACUCUCACUAAAUCUGGGGUGGAAAACCAGGCUGACCAUCAGCUCUCUGCUGGUAAGAGAGAUAAAAAGGAAGAUUCAUCCAGUCCUAAAAGGAAGAUUCAAGCAUCUACGUUAGCUAAAUUAGCAAGCUUCUCCUUUACCGGCCCUUCUGAAUCCAAAUCAGGGAGCCCACCCCCUCCUGGCAACACCAACUCUAGCGAGGGAGCCCCCAGCCCUCUUUUUACAGGCUCAGCUGGAGCCCUUGGCAGAAGGAAAACAUUUCAAUUGGAGGGGGCUGGAGCUGUUGUUUCAGGAAAAUCUCUCUUCACUUUAACAGAACUAGAUGAUGAUGAUGAUGAUGUGUUAGAUUUUGAUUGGGAAAAAGAAAUGAGAAAGAAUCCCAAAUGA